GUUGUUGACACGACCGGUGUGUGUGCUGUGGAAGAGAACAUUUUAAGCUGGUAUUUAUAGAUGGAGGAAUAAAAUCAAAGUUAUGUCAGAAUAUUAGAAGUGGAUCCAGUGGAGAAAUACUUUCCUUACAUGUGCUAAGCCCAAGACAAAUGGACAAGACGUCACAGCAAGCGCAGAAUCCGGACCAGCGACUGUCUCCAAACUCAAGAAGGAGUUUCAGCUUCUCAUCUCUCCGUAUUACCAAAAGGAGCAACAGUUGUGAAGAGAGUGGAUUUACGGAGAGGCGGAAAGGGUUGCGGUCUUUUUCAUCAGUUCGGGAGACAUCCAGAAAGGAGUCAGUCCCAGAUGGAGCUGGUGUCUCACAGCUACACUGUACUCAGGACCAGGUGAAUCAGACAGCAGCCAUCCCGUCAGGUGAAGAUGAAGGUGGACGACAAGGGGCCCUCAAGAGGUUCAGUGCCAUGUUGUCCUCCUUCCGCAAAGGCAAAAGAGAUAGAGUCAAAGAGCCUGAGUCGACAGAGCCGCUGGGCCCGGCGGUGGCAGACAACACACCCAGGCAGCACCGCUACGUCAGUGGUCAGUACUUCUUUGAGUAUCUGGUGGUGGUCAGCCUCAUGAAGACCAAGGACGGCAGCAGCUACGAACCUCAGAUCACCUACCAGUUUCCCAAGAGAGAUGGGAUGGCGAGAUCUCAGAAGGAGGACGAGGAGAAGACGUUAAAGGCGCUCACUCUCUUUUGUUUCCCAGAGGGCAUCAACUGGGCUCCUUUGACUGAAUACCACAGUGAGACUUUCUCCUUUGUUCUGACUGAGGUCGAUGGCAGCAGAAGAAAUGGAUACUGCAGGAGGUUACUGCCCGGAGGGAAAGGAGCUCGACCACCUGAGGCGUACUGCAUCAUCAGCUCGCUGGCUUGUUUCGGCCUCUUCUCCAAGAUAUUUGACGAGGUGGAGAAGCGGCGGCAGAUCUCCAUGGCCAUGAUCUACCCAUUCAUGCAGAAGCUGAGGGAGUCUCCAUUCCCAGCUCCGGGAAACACUGUGGAGAUUAAGAGCUUCAUUCCUGGGUCGGGCACAGAGAUCAUCAGUCUGACCCGGCCGCUGGAUUCCUGGCUGGAGCACGUAAACUUCAACACGCUCUUCGGCUGCCUGACGGACGAGGAGGUGUUACUGGUGUUUGCUGCCGCCGUCUUGGAGAGACGGAUUGUUUUCAUCGCUGAUGAACUGGGCACGCUAUCCCAAGUCAUUCAUGCCGUAGCAGCCCUCCUCUACCCCUUCACCUGGCAGCACACCUUGAUCUCCAUUGUUCCGGAGAUCCUGAUCGACGUAGUGAUGGCACCCACCCCCUACCUGCUGGGAGUCCAGAAACGCCUGCUGGACCUGGUCGACGACCAGGGUGACCUGCUGGUGGUCGACUUGUCUGAGGAUAAAAAGGAGACUUUCAUUGGUUCAGUUGGGGAUGAAAGCUCUAUUCUGCCCCCGAAGCUCCAAACUGAAAUACUAGAGGCACUAAGUAACAGACAAAAAGCAUCAACGGUGGAGGAGAUGAACCGGGUGGUGUCGGAAGCCUUCCUGCAUUUCUUUGUGAGAACAGUCGGCCAUUACAGCUCGUAUGUGAAAUACAGUAAUGCUGGAGGGCAGGGGGUGUUUGAAAAGAGACGUUUCUACAAGGCCAUUGAUUCCAAGACCACGCGACACUAUGUCAAGAAGUUCAUCCAGACGCAGAUGUUUGACCUGUUUAUUCAGGACGUGGAGCAGCAGCAGCCUGGACCGCAGCAAGGAAUAUUUCACAGAAAGGUCCUUGAAUACCAAGAGAAGAAGAAAAGGGAGAAGACAAAGAAACACUAGCUCUCAGCGCAGGACCCCUGGUGUAUAUAAAGUAGUAGAUAGGAAAAGAUGUGAAUGUUGUACUGUGUUUUAUGUCCUGUGUCAGUUUGGGUUUUAAACGAGUAUGUACCAAUGUGUGAAUUACUGUAUGGCUAUGUUGCUGCUACUCUGUGAAACACUGGCAGAAUGAGAGACUUCAGUUCCACGUGUUGGUUCUCAGCCUGUGGCCUGAUGAGCAAGAAAAUCAUUUCAAAUAAAGACUAGUUUUUCUAAGUCCAUGCA